AUAGUCAUGAAUGGUCACUACUAGCCUACUAGCUACCAGGACCGGCAGGCUCCAUGUGAGUGCCGAGAUGACGGACUUCAAAGAGGAACAGCGAAAUGAAAUAGAGGCAUUGGAUUCAAUUUAUCCAAACGAAUUACAGAUUUUAAGUGAUGAUCCAUACCACAUAUUUACAAUUGAUGUACGAGGAGAAACAGUUGGAGAGGAGGAGCCACUCUGUGUAACACUCAAGUUCACCUAUGUACCAACCUACCCUGAAGAAGGUCCCGUGAUAGAAGUUAUUGAGGGUGAAAAUAUUGAAGAUGAGGACACCAAAGCUUUGAUGUCUCUACUUCUCUCAGAGAUCGAAGACAAUCUGGGCAUGGCCAUGAUCUUUAGCCUGGUGUCUGCAGCCUCGGAAUGGUUGACUACACAUGCAGAAAACAUUAGGGUUCGGAAAGAGGAAGAGGAGAAGCGUAAACAUGCUAAGGAGGAAGAGGUGGAACGGGCAAAGUUUGAGGGAACAAGGGUCACAGUGGAGUGCUUUCUAGCCUGGAAGGAAAAAUUUGAUGCAGAGAUGUCUGAGCUUUACAACAAGGAAAAGGAGACUGCUGGCAAUCGGAAGCUCACAGGCAGGGAGCUCUUUGAGAGAGAUCAGAACCUCAUAGACUCAGAUCUACAGUUCAUGCAAGAAGCAGGAAUAGAAUGUGUUCUGCCUAGACGAACUGCCAUGAAGACAACAGGAGCGACGGGAAGAGGCGCUUUCUCCACUUCUGUCGAUUGCCUCUCCAAUAACUACUCGGAAAGCGGAUUAUGUUUCACUACUUUAUGACACAUGAUCUCAUCCAUCCUGCAGGAAAUGCAUAGCUUCUCAGUUCGCACCUUGUGUGUGAUCUUCGUCAAAUUAUGGUGCAAUAAAACGCUACUGCGGCUUCAACACCGUGCCAUA